AUGGCGCCCCACUGCUGUGUACCCAGAUGCACUUCUUCGAUGAGAAAAAAAUCAUAUCGCGGACAAACAUUUCAUCGGUUGCCGAAAGAUGCCGUUCUUCAGCGUGAGUGGGUGAAAAACAUACGGAGGGAUCCUGGUCGUCAUUUCAAGAUCACUACAGAGACGAAGGUGUGCUCUGAGCACUUCUUGAAAGAGUGCUUUGUGAAGACCAUCGGAGGAAUCACAACACUCAAAAAGGAUGCUGUGCCUACCUUGUUUGCGUGGAGCUCAACGAGGUCAGAGAGGAGAACCAUCGUUCGGAGACCAAGUACUUCUACAGUGGACGCUGAUGAGAACCAGCAUGAUUUGGGCAUGGAUGUUCUGAGUGAAGAGACCCCCGCACCACAUCCUGAUCAUGAUUAUGCUGUUCGACCCCUUACACUCCAGGAACAACUUGAGGCCGCUCGCAAGGUUAUCAACGAGCAAGAGAAGUUAAUUUCUGAGCUUCAAGAAAAAGAGUUUGUUGUGACAAGAUUUCAGUGUGAUGACAAGCAGAUGUCCUUUUAUACAGGUUUUACAGAUUAUGCCACAUUUAAAGCAGUGUACAUGGCUCUGCAGCCCACAGCAGUAAAUAUGGUAGGAUGGAGUCAGGCCCAGAGGCUAAAACAGACAGAUGAAGACCUCAUUAGACAAGGAUUCAGCAUUUCUAAACUAGCAACCGUUGACCAGUUUUUUCUUUUUCUAUGUCGGUUGAGGCAGGGUUUCCCUGAGCAGGACCUUGCAGUGCGCUUUGGUGUUUCACAGUCAACUGUAAGUAGGAUUUGUGUGACCUGGGCAAACUUCCUUUACUUUAUGUUAGGAUCACUUCCCAUUUGGCCUUCAAGAGCAACAGUAGAUGAGCUUAUGCCUACUUGCUUUAAAAGCACUUACCCACAAACCAGAGUAAUACUGGACUGUACAGAAAUACAUGUACAGAGACCUAGCUCUAAAGUGCUCAACUCUGUCACAUACUCUCACUACAAGGGCAACACAACUCUUAAGGGCCUGAUUGGAAUUGCACCGUCUGGAGAGGUGACAUUUGUCAGUGACCUGUAUACAGGUUCAAUAUCUGACAAAGAAAUAACAAAAAUGUCAGGCAUCCUGCCUUUACUUGAGGAGGGUGAUGCCGUCAUGGCAGAUAAAGGCUUUCUUAUUAAGGACUUGCUUUCUGACGUAAAUGUCUCCCUUGUGAUACCACCCUUCUUAGGCCCAGCUGGACAUUUCAGUGCUGAGGAAGUCAGACAGACACAAACAAUAGCCAGACUUAGAAUUCAUGUUGAACGUGCUAUUAGGAGGAUUAAAGAGUAUCACAUUUUUGAUGGAGUUUUACCCAUGACACUUGUGGGCUCUGUUAAUCAGUUGUGGACAGUCUGUGCCUUGUUAACCAACUUCCAAGGGCGGUUGUACUGAAACAGUGUCAUACUACACUGACUUCUAAUUUUAAUCAGUUUGAAUUUACAUUUGGUUACUUGAGUAUUCAUUGUUAUUGUUCAUUUUUACAAAUCUAUACAAAGCUUUAACGUUGUUCAUUUUUACAAAUCUAUACAAAGCUUCAACGUUGUUCAUUUUUACAAAUCUAUACAAAGCUUGUACUUUGUUAAAAACUUGAGUAUUCAUUGUUAUUGUUCAUUUUUACAAAUCUAUACAAAGCUUUAACGUUGUUCAUUUUUACAAAUCUAUGCAAAGCUUUAACGUUGUUCAUUUUUACAAAUCUAUACAAAGCUUUAACGUUGUUCAUUUUUACAAAUCUAUACAAAACUUGUACUUUGUUCUGUUUUCUACAAAUGUAUACAAGACUUGAUUGUUCUUCAUUUUCAUAAAAUCUAGAUGUCAUUGUUCAUUGCCCCACUGACACUGCACUUUAUCCCCCCACCCCACCUGCGUUCUGUGCACUUUACUUGCCCACCCUAACUAAGCACAGUAUAG